CCCUGCGCGCGGCUCCCGCGCCGGUGCGGUCGGGCGGCGGCGGCGGCCGAGCGCAGGUGGCCCCGGGGGCGGCUGCUCCGCUCCUGUGCGGGAUGGAGCGCGGCGCGGCGGCGCUGAUCCGCGAGGGCUGGUUCCGCGAGACGUGCCGGCUGUGGCCUGGCCAGGCCAUGUCGCUGCAGGUGGAGGAGCUCCUGCACCACCAGCGCUCCCGCUACCAGGAGAUCCUCGUCUUCCGCAGCACCACGUACGGCAACGUCCUGGUCCUGGAUGGGGUGAUCCAGUGCACGGAGCGGGACGAAUUCUCCUACCAGGAAAUGAUCGCCAACCUGCCCCUCUGCAGCCACCCCGACCCCCGCAAGGUGCUGAUCAUCGGCGGCGGCGAUGGGGGAGUGUUGCGAGAGGUGGUCAAACACCCGACCGUGGAGUCCGUGGUGCAGUGCGAAAUCGAUGAGGAUGUGAUCCAGGUAUCUAAAAAAUACCUCCCAGGGAUGGCAGUGGGGUAUUCCAGUGCUAAGCUGACACUGCAUGUGGGAGAUGGUUUUGAGUUCAUGAAACAAAAUCAAGAAGCCUUUGAUGUGAUUAUCACAGACUCGUCUGACCCCAUGGGUCCUGCAGAAAGUUUGUUCAAAGAAUCUUAUUACCAGCUGAUGAAGACAGCCCUGCGAGAAGAUGGGAUUCUCUGCUGCCAAGGUGAGUGCCAGUGGCUGCACCUGGAUCUCAUUAAGGAGAUGCGUCAGUUCUGCAAGUCUCUGUUCCCAGUUGUGGAAUAUGCCUAUUGCACCAUCCCCACAUAUCCCAGCGGGCAGAUUGGCUUCAUGCUCUGCAGCAAGAACCCAAACACAAAUUUCCGGGAGCCUGUGCAGCAGCUCUCGCAGCAGCAGGUAGAGGAGAGGAGUCUGAAAUACUACAACUCUGAUAUUCACCGGGCAGCAUUCAUCCUGCCAGAGUUUGCACGGAAGGCCCUGAGCGAUGUGUGAGACCGAGACGCUGCUUCCUUCCUUCAAGUUGGACUCUGAGAUCAUCAGUGAUGUGGCUGGGAUCUUCUCAGCAGACUGCAGAUUUGCUCUCCACUGUGUGGGAUUGUUUAACCCUUGGCCAGCCAACAUUCCCUCUGAUGUGUUAAGGAUGAUGGGGCAUAAGCCUGAUAAGACUAUUGCAAAGGUCCAGUGACUUAUUGUGUGAAGUCAAAACUGUUCUUUCCAGUACUGGAAAUGUAAGAUGUCUUUUUCCUUUCUCUCCUCCCUGCACCCAUUCUAAAUUCUCCCAUCCCAACCACACCCCACACCCCCCCAGCUGGCGUGCUGUAUUUAAAACUGACACAUAUUUCUGUCUGGUGGUCUGGGAAGAGUCCAAAGGGUCCCUGACUCAGCCUUAAGCACAGAGAGAGAGAAAGAGAGAGAGAGAGAGCUUUGUGCACAGUCAGCUCACUCUCUCCUCGUGGGAGCUCCCUGCUGCUGACACAUUUUGACUGGUAACGGGUCUGAGCUUUUGCAUCCCACUGCCCUCCUGUGACUCCUGCACUGCUCUGCAGCACAGCUGGAGAAGUCACAGUGCAAACUGUUGCCAUUCACAAUAGGUCUCCCUCCAACCCUGAUGGAGUAGCAGUAUUAAACACCAGCCAGGCAUGCUGGCAGCAGUCUUGUGGCUUUUUUUGUUAAGGUUGUUAAUUUUUUAAAUUGGUUAGAAACAGAAGUGCUGAGGUGCCAACAGGCUGACUGCUGUUCUUAUCUCUGCCCUCAGAGAGGUUCCAAAGAAUGUUUAUCAAUAUGGUGACUGGCACUAUAUAUAUAUAUAUAUAUAUAUAUAUAUAAAAAGCAAACCUUAGCUCCAUUGCCUGACGUUCAGUACUGAUGUUGGGGAGUCGGUUGUGCUGACAAAUCUCUCAUCUCAGUCAUGCUGAGAUGCCUCAGGUCUGGGUAUUUGCAAGUCCUUAGGAGGCAUCAUGAUUUCCAAUGCUGCCCCCAGAUGCAUAAGUUGUUUUCCAUUGUACACUGUAAGAUGGAUCUGCCUUCACCUCUUCUGUUCUGAAGAUUCUGUACCCCUGCAGCAUGGGAAUCACCCUCCCAGCACAACCACUGUGCCACUGUCACUCCCUUGCACUCAAUUAAACACGUGGCUCGGGUUAAGGUGACAUCAGUGUGGGUCAGUGUUUUUGGGGAGAGAAUGGAGGGGAGAAAACAGAGAUCCUGAAGGUUUGCUGUGCUUCCUCUAGUUGGUCUGGCUUCCUCUCUCACUUAUCUUUAGGGAUGAUAAGUUCUCAUCAAAAUUAAGCACUGAAGAUCCCAUUGCAUAUUUUGUAUUGUAGUGUAGCUGCCCAAUAGCUCCUCCAGCUUCUGUCAUCCUCUGUGCUGCAGACUCGGUACCUGCUGUCCAAGCUAUCCUGCAGUCCAAAUGCUGCCUCUGUUACAGUCUUCCAGGUGUUUUUCCAGCUGCCCAUCUCCCUGUUGCUAUCAGGUAGUUCCUGUCAGUCCUGGCCCCACUGAGCUGCACCCUCUUUUCCUCUGCAGAAACGGUGGUGGCUCUGAGGGCUGAACCCCUGAGCUCCAGCUGAGCAUGCAGGGGAAAGGCACUAGGUGGCAUCAGGAAAAGACAAAAAUGCUCCUUCUGAGAGGCUUUUCGGCUUGGUAAGAGAGAACUGGAAGAAGCAGACUUUAGCAAGGGUUGGGGUUGAGCUUUGCCAUAAUAGUGACCCUACAAACAGUGUAGGUGGUCCAGCCACUAUGUGCCCACAGCAACGGAUUUGUAGGGUCAGUACCCUCCUGCUUUCUCCUGUUUCUUAUGACUUAGCACUUCUUUCCCAGUGUCUCCUUCUACCACCAGUAUUGGUACAGUUUCCUUGUGGUCACAAGGGUUUGCAAAGCAUUGCUGAGCUGCAGAGCUGAGUCUAGAUCUCUGUAUUCUUGUGUUGAGAAGAUAACACCUAUUUUUCUCUUAA